GAGUAUAAAAGCCGUCCCACACACUCCAGCAGUCCACUCUCAGGAAUCAUGAUGAAAGUGGGGCUUGUCCUGCUGUUUGCUGCCUACGCUUACGGGUGUGGCUCUCCCACCUACAGUCCCUCUGUGAGCCGGGUGGUGAACGGGGUAGAUGCUCGGCCCUACAGCUGGCCAUGGCAGAUCUCCCUUCAGUACCUCAGCGGGUCCACGUACCGUCACACCUGUGGAGGCACCCUGAUCGCCCCCAACUGGGUGCUGACGGCAGGCCACUGCAUCGGACCACGUACCUACCGCGUGGUGGCGGGCGAGUACGACCUCACCGGAAAGGAGGGCUUUGAGCAGGUCCUCAGCGUGGAGAAGAUCGUGAUUCACCCCAACUGGAACGAGAACUGUCUGUCUUGUGGUAACGACAUCGCGUUGAUCAAACUGGCCUCGCACGCCGUCCUGAACAACAGGGUGCAGCUCUCCUGUCAGCCAGAGAGCGGCGAGGUCGCUCCUCACAACGACCCGUGCUACGUCACCGGCUGGGGAAGACUCUACAGCGGUGGUCUCACCGCCGUGAAGCUCCAGCAGGCUCUCCUCCCCGUGGUCGGCCACAGCAUCUGCAGCAGCAGCGACUGGUGGGGGAGCUACGUGAAGACCACGAUGAUCUGUGCUGGUGGUGACAUCCGCUCUGCCUGCCAUGGAGACUCAGGGGGCCCUCUGAACUGCAGGGGUGUUGAUGGCAAGUGGUACGUGCAGGGUGUGACCAGCUUCGUCUCCUCCCUGGGAUGCAACACCCCCAUGAAGCCCACCGUGUUCACUCGCACCUCCAGUUUCACUGAGUGGAUCGCCAAAACUAUGCUGCAGAAUUGAAGACCUGGAGUUUUUUGUUUGUUUUUUUAAUGUCAAUAAACCCACUUCAUGAACUGCA